AGCAGCCCGAGCAUUUGGAGAGUACCUGUCCCACACAAACCCUGAAAACCGAAACGGAUCAGCUCAUCUACUGUGUGAAACCUUGGUGGGUCCCGACCCGGAGUCGCCGAGUGACAAGAUUGGCCCGAACAACAACAAUCAUCUCCAUCCCUGCUCCAACACCACCAAGGGCUGUGAGGAAAACCGGGAUCCCGGCCAGGUGAAACCCACGCUGGGCUUACACCAGCCACCUCCACCAUCCAUCACCAUCUCUACCAAAGCAUCAAAGCUCUCCCUUGAGCGCAGCUUCUCAGCGGAGGAGGACCAACAGAAGAGUGUUGAGUGCACCCUGCAGCCUGCUCGCGUCUACACCAUCACCACUCAGCGCGGUAUGCUGAUGAGCAGCGGCCGGGGCAGCAAGGAGAGCCUAGAACUGGACGUCCUGAAGGAGAAAUCGGGGAGUGGCGGGGUGGCCUCCAGAAGUGGCCUGAUCCAGGGCUCCCCUUCCUCCGCCACAUCGUCUCCAACCCAGCACCACCAUGCCAGCAGCAGCCGUGGCAACAACCACCAUCACAGAAACCAUCAUGACCCUCACCACGGAAACCACCACGACCCUCACCACGGAAACCACCACCACCACGGCCUCUCCGGCACCACCUCCAGCAGUGGGGGGGCGAGUGGAAGCAGCAGUAGCAACCAGCAGCAGCAGUCUUCUGCGGUCACUGGAUCCCACUCCCAUCAUGGAUCGCACCACCACGGCCACCACCAUCACCUGUCUCAACCCCCGCUGCAGACCUCUGUCAGCGCCCACAACAUCCGCGGCUGGGGGGAGGGGGGAAAGGGGGAGGCAGAGUGCAGCGGGCUGGCAUGUGAGUCUUGCAGCGGGGCCCCCUCGCGGAGCCAGGGGUCUCUGGACCUGGAGAGCGCGUCCCGAGAGGCAGGCAAGCAGCAUCGACGCCUAGAGCGGAUGUGGAGUGUGGACCGGAUGACUGGGCUGGAGAGAGAGGACACUAACUGGUUCCCAAAGGAAAACAUGUUCAGCUUUCAAACUGCCACGACAACCAUGCAGGCGAUAUCGAACUUCCGGAAGCAUCUUCGGAUGGUGGGCAGCAGGAGGAUGAAAGCACAGACAUUCGCUGAGCGUAGAUCGAAGAGUUUCAGCCGCUCCUGGAGUGACCCCACCCCUGUCAAGAAUGACUCUCAGCAUGACACCGCCGAGAGUAACUGGAAUGCUUCUUCACUUCUCGAUGCCUUCUACAACGGUCUGUCGGAUCGCCUUAAAGACGAACUGGCAGCUCGGGACCUCCCUGCUGAUUUAGAUGAGCUGGUGGCUCUCUCCAUCCGCAUUGACUGCCGUCUACGGGAGCGGAGGAGAGAGAGGGUUUUUUCCGUCGCCCCUCAGGCUCCGUCUCUCCCGUCAGCGCAUGCUACUGAACAGAUUCUGGAGGAGGCUUAG